AUGAAGGAUGUUAGUGUUUGGACAAUUUCCAAAGUUGUUUUGAAUCACUCACAUCCUUGUUGUCCAGACCAGGCUGAGAUGCUCAAACAACACAGGGAGCUUAGCAUGUUCGUGUGUCGCACCAUUGAAACCCACGAGGAAGCCGGAAUCACACCGAGCAAAACUUACCAAUCAUUUGUGGCAGCAGCUGGCAGCCGCCGUGAACUAGGUUUUAUAGAAAAAGACGUUAGGAAUUACAUCACAAGGAAAGUAUGGAAUAUUUUCGAAGAAGACGAUGCCAAAGAAUUUGAGAAGUACCUAGUAAGAAUGAAAGAGAAGAACCAAAAUUUCUUCUUUGAGCUCAACCUUGAAGGCGAUCAUUGCAUUAAACAUGCAUUCUGGGCUGAUGCAAGAAGCAGGGCUGCAUUUGAUUAUUUCGGAGAUGUAGUUUCAUUUGACACCACCUAUACCACAAACAGAUACAAUUUGGUUUUAGGUUCUUUUGUGGGCAUGAAUCACUACGGCUAG